AGAAGCGAAUUGGAGAUUGACUUGGAGGGAGAUGCUCUUGUAUUCGUUGAGACAGCGUUAAAUAGUAGAGGGAACGUAAAUAGUUAAAAUCAACAGUAUCAUAUAGCAUAUCAACUCAAACACGAGAUUUGAGUUAAACGGUGGGAGUGUGCAGUUAUGGAGCUUAUUAAAGAAGAAACUGCACCGGAGGAUGACAGCAGGGGGCGGCAGAGAGAUUAUCGGACGAGUGUUGUCUCCUCGAAACAAGUGCAAAGAAAUCAGUUUGAGAUUUGUCCUGGUUUGGUGUCAGGAGAUGUGCAUCCAAUGUGUCGGGAUCGGAGUGAUCCUGAGCCCAGGACUGGCGAUGCAGCAAGUGACGACGGGUUUCCUGCAGACAAAACGAGUAGUAAGAGAGACUCUGAAUGCGCGGCAGUAAACACCGAUGGGGUGUCUGAUGGCCGCCAGGGCAAAAAGAAACACAGACGGCGACCCUCCAAGAAGAAGCGCCGCUGGAAGCCGUAUUUUAAACUGACAUGGGAGGAGAAAAAAGAGCUGGAUGAACGCGAGACCGCGCGGGCGUCGCGAGUGCGCGCCGAAAUGUUCGCUAAAGGUCUCCCCGUCGCACCGUACAACACCACCCAGUUCUUAAUGGAGGAGCACGACCGUGAAGAACCCGAUCUCAACACUGAGCUGGGAGGUCGAAAAUCCGGGGCAAUCCGCUCCGAGGACACGGCCAGUGAGGACGAGAAUUUCGAGGCUGAAGAGGACGACGAGGAGGAAGGCGGCGGAGGUAGCGACGGUAUGGGAAGACCAGGGCAAGCAGGUGGGGAGUUUUUGCAGAAGGACUUUUCUGAGACCUAUGAGAAGUACCAUGUAGAGGCGCUUCAGAAUAUGUCUAAACAAGAACUAGUUCGGGAAUACCUGGAGCUGGAGAAGUGCAUGUCGCGGUUAGAAGAGGAGAACAACUGGCUUCGCCACGUCCGGAGAAACCCCGAGUCCCCUGCUGACGGGACUGGCUCCCAGCGCGUGCGAGAACUGGAGGUUGAAGUGGAGAAACUGAGGGCCGAGAAUAACGAGUUAUUACUAAAAACGCCCGCAAGUAAUGAGCCAGGACUCAAUCAGUCUCAGCCGAGCUGAAUCGUUUUUCCGUUUUUACACGGAAAUUGACACCGUUUCUGUAAAUUUCAUGUCUGUUGUAACAAUACUCUCUCGGCCUUUGUCAUAAGUUUUUUUUCUUUCUCUUUUUUUGACAACUAUUCUUCUUGUGCCCAUAAUUCUUGGUCAGUCCACUUAAAUAUACGUUCGUUAUUUGUACAAUUGAGCUGAUAAAACGAGUACGUUAACCUGCUUUCCAUUUGUAAGGAUUAAAAACGGUCAAAACUGAG